GGUGAGCGGGUGAACCAUAAGGCAGUUAACUAACGCCAGCACGAAGCCAAUCUUCCGGUAAAAUGCGUUCAGGGGCAAACGUCAAACAUUUUCUUCUUGUUGCUUUUGUUCUGGCCGCGUUCUGGCUUUUCCAGGCCAAUGUAAUGCCCCGGAACAGGGACUUCCUGGACGAGUAUCGCAUUCAGCCAGGAAUGGCGUUGGGUAGCGCUUACUACGCCCCUCACAAAUCGGCAAAAACCCCACUAAAAAUCCCCCAGUGGACGCCGGUGACCAAGCCGUACUACGCCGCUGCAGGUGCCGGCGACGGACCAGCAGGUUGGCGCGGACAGCACGUGUACACUCCGAAGAGUCCCUGCAGCCGGUGCAUCCAGCCCACACCCACCAGCAGUUCCCCGGCCGCAGCGCCAUCAACCUGCCACGUCAGCACACGCUGGCGACGAAUCACCGAGACGACGACGACCUGCUCACCCACCGUCUGUACCGCGCCGUGCCUUACGUUGUCCACCAGCUUCACGGAAACCGUUGUCGUUUCCAUGUGUAUUCGGACAGCUCGAACCGUUUACUUAACGACCGUCAGAGAAGUCGAUAGCAGCACAGUUACGCUGGUCGUUUCGAAGAUAGCACCGGUACUGUGCAACCGGCACAUCGGUCUCCAGACGCCUGACCCCGGCAGCGGUGUGACGCUGUCGACCGACGGGAAUCCCUGCUACAGCAUCGCCGUCACGCCGGCCCCGAUCGUCAGUACGACCUGCACCCUGGAUGUGCAACAGACCACCUAUGAAUCCGGUAUCACCACCGGGUCCGACGGCUCGCCAACUCCCAAUGCUCAAGCACAGCUGGAUCCGGUUACGUCCAGCGCAACUACAUGCACGUUUUCAUGAGCAUCGGCUUUCGGGUUUAUCUGUUCGCGUUCGUGUCAAUCAAACUGGAACAGGCCUGCUUUUGAUGGCUUCUGCUGUUCUUACCGGCUAAACUGAUUUCCUUGAA